AUUGGGAAUAAAGACUUGACAGUGUCUUUUGCGGUUUUCUCACCGCCAGUGCUUUUCUGUUUAACUGGAGGACAUUGAUAUCAUCUUGGGUUUCACUCUUCCUACGGGAAAGCGACAAAUCCUGAGAUUUUUUUUAGAUUCAUAAAUCACAAUGAUUUCUACACAUAUUCUCCUGGCCUUCAUCGGUAGUGUACUUGUCGUCCAGGUAUCGUCACAUGGAAGAUUGAUAGAGCCACCAUCAAGAGCUUCAAUGUGGCGUUAUGGUUUUGAGACACCCCAUGAUUACAAUGACCAUGAAACUUACUGUGGAGGUUUCAGUAGACAAUGGCAACGCAAUAAGGGCAAGUGUGGAAUAUGUGGAGACGCAUGGGAUCUUCGAGCGCCACGUGCCCAUGAAACUGGUGGCAAGUAUGGCAACAGCAUUAUAGUCAGAAGAUACAAAACUGGUUCAAUAAUUCCAGUCCACGUGGAAUUGACAGCUAAUCAUCAUGGAUAUUUCGAAUUCCGUGUUUGCCCAAUGACAGUACGAGGAGAAGAAGUAACCCAAGAAUGUCUAGAUAAACAUGUUCUCCGUGGUGACAAUGGUACCACUCGUUACUACCCUGGUCCCGGAAAUCGUAUUUUUCAAGCAUAUUACAAGUUACCAGAUGAUCUGACUUGUGCUCAAUGCGUUUUUCAAUGGCGAUACGUUGCUGGUAAUAACUGGGGAGAUUGUGGAAACGGUACAGGUGCUGUAGGCUGUGGUCCCCAGGAAGAGUUCAGAGCAUGUGCGGAUGUGACUAUUGGCGAUGAUGAAGAGACACUUCCGCCAAGACCAGUUACGCCAGAGAUGGGUCCAACUCCUACAAGACCGACGACAAAACAGUCGGACAUUUCUCCAACGGAACCAGCAUCUGUACCCGAGAUGUCUGGACCUUACUGGAUGUUCAGCCUGGUCAUCGCUGGUACGUGCCUUUUGGUGGUGCUGGCUGCUAUGGCGUUGCUUUAUUCGUAUUACUAUCACGCGGGUAGAGCUAAACAAUGGCUCAUAGCUGGAAAAUCGUUGGCUCCAGCGAGCAUACCGAUCGCACCGCCAAGACACAGAAAACACAAUACGUCAAGCGCACCCUUACAGAUCUAAAUUUAAUAUAAUACACUGUAAACUAUUAGUCGAAGCUAAUCGACUAAAUUGCAGCGUCCUUUCCGAAAAUCAUUACCAAACGUUGCACCUGUAUACUUCAGUAUAGCGGUUGUCUGUUUGGUUUGGUUUAUAUAGUCUGAAUGAAGCUGCAAUGGAUACAUUGUGAAAAACGUGAAUUUACGUAAUUCGUACGUAUGUCUGCCCUGUAUAUAUGACUGUAAUUCCAUUAAAGGUAUUUAUUUUGUAGUA